GUUCAAAGUGCUGCGCCGGUCUUUUUCAGAAUGAGUGACCGCCUCCAGCGAGCCCUGACUCCGCCUUCCGCAGGGCUGCGUGUCGCUGAGCGGAGAGAGGCAGCGGCAGUGCGAGCUGCUGCGCGCGUCAGUGAGGGAGACAGACACAGUUCCUGCAUAUGCGGCCACCGGCACCUCACUGAAACACACCGACCAUGGACCUAUUCGAGUUUGACUUCUUCAGGGACUGGGAGCUGGAGCAGCAGUGUCAUUACGAGCAAGACCGUUCGGCGCUGAAGAAGAAGGAGUGGGAGCGAAGGACACAGGAAGUGCAGCAAGAUGAAGACUUGUUCUCUACUGGAUUUAAUCUGUUUGGUGAGCCGUACAAGACUAACAAAGGAGAUGCCCUGGCCAACCGGGUCCAAAACACUCUUGGAAAUUACGAUGAAAUGAAGGAGCUCCUGACUAGCCAUUCCAACCAGAGUCACCUUGUGGGUAUUCCUAAGAACUCUGUUCCCCAGACUCCAGUGGAGAAACCCGACCAGCCGGGCUUUUUCCCUGAAGCUCAGCGGAGCCGAACUGCACCCUCCCAACCUGGAAGUCACAGCACCUCCAUGCCCCCACCCCCUGCCAACACCAUGCCGGGCUCUAGCAUUGUACAUGGACAUCAAGGCAAAAAGUCACGCUCUUCAGAAUGGUCCCGAGGGGGUCACGGUUCAAGUGGUGCCCAGACCGCUCAACCGGUCAGCCGGGGGAAGCACUCCAGUCAUGAGCAGACCUCUAGUAGACAUGAUCAGGACCAAGAGGACUCAAGUCCCAAUCCUAGCGGACCUACAACUUCGUCACACUCCAACAGGAAGCAGGCCCAGUCUGGCAAAGGACCAGCCACAGCUGAGCUUGGCCUUGGAAAGUCUCCCGCCGAGCAGGACCUGUGCUCCCAUGGAUCAAACUCGCCAGUGGCCUCUACAUCCCUGCUCCCUAGCGGCCUCUCAACACCAACUUUCCCCCAAGGCCUCCACUGCAAGCCCAGCAGCGCUGUGCAGCAGAAACCCACUGCCUACGUCAGGCCCAUGGACGGCCAAGACCAGGUCCCAAAUGAUUCCCCAGAGCUCAAACCCCCUGUGGAGCUGGUGGAAGGGUACAACAGUGUGCCAUUCGUAGGUCUGCUGGAUACCAAAAGCACCACGGCUGGGACCAAGGGAAAAAUUCCUAAGCUGACACUGCCACAAUCCGGAGAGGUCAGCCUGUCCAGCGACUCCAGCUGUGUGGAGGAAAUUCUGCGGGAGAUGACCCACUCCUGGCCUCCACCUCUCACUGCCAUCCACACACCAGGCAAAGCUGAACAAACCAAGUUUCCCAUCCCUUCAAAGGAUUCCCAGAAUGUGACCUCAGGAUACAACGGAAAACGCUGCAAUGUUUCCAGUAACAAGCCUGCAACCAAGUCGGUACCACAGAAGUCAAUGCUUGAGGAUGAUCUGAAAAUCAGCAGUGAUGAAGAGGACAAUGAACAGGCCGCUGAGAAGCCCAAGCCCAGGAGUGCUCCUCUCAAGUAAGUGACUAAUCAAGUCCAAUUCAUUUCUUAUUCUGUGCUGCUGCUGGUGUGGCUGCUGGGUAAACAGCAGGUUAUUUGUAGAGACGGAGCUCAGGAAGUAAUCGCUUGCAUAAAGUGCUGUGGAUGCUGAUGUGGAUAACACCUUACAUCAUUCAGUACAGAAUCUAACUUUUCCCAUGCUCAGAAAUACUUUACAGGUCAAACAUUUG